UUGCUCUGUUUGUAAGAAGAGUUUCUCCAUAAAGCAAAACAUGACCACACACAUGAGAACACACACUAGAGAGAAACCCUUUACUUGCUCUGUUUGUAAGAAUAGUUUCUCCAAUAAGAGUAACAUGAUCAGACACAAGAGGACACACACUGGAGAGAAACCUUUUGCUUGCUCAGCUUGCACUAAAAGAUUCAACACUAAGAAUGACAUGAUAUUACACAUGAGAACACACACAAGUGAGAAACCUUUUACUUGCUCUGUUUGUAAGAAGAGUUUCUCCAGAAAGCAACAAAUGACCAUACACAUGAGAACACACACUGGAGAGAAACCUUUUGCUUUCUCAGCUUGUGCUAAAAUGUUCAACACUAAGAAGGAAAUUAUAUUGCACAUGGGAACACACACAGGUGAGAAACCUUUUACUUGCUCUGUUUGUAAGAAGAGUUUCUCUAGCAAGCAAAUCAUGACCACACACAUGAGAACACACACUGGAGAGAAACCUUUUGCUUGCUCAGCUUGUGCUAAAAGAUUCAACACUAAGCAUGACUUGACAUUACACAUGAGAAAACACACAGGUGAGAAACCUUUUACUUGCUCUGUUUGUAAGAAGAGUUUCUCCAGAAAGGAAUGCAUGACCACACACAUGAGUACACACACUGGAGAGAAACCUUUUGCUUGCUCAACUUGUGCUAAAAGAUUCAACACUAAGCAUGAAAUUAUAUUGCACAUGAGAACACACACAGGUGAGAAACCUUUUACUUGCUCUGUUUGUAAGAAGAGUUUCUCCAGGAAGCAUCAAAUGACCUUACACAUGAGAACACACACUGGAGAGAAACCUUUUGCUUGCUCAGCUUGUGCUAAAAUGUUCAACACUAAGAAGGAAAUGAUAUUGCACAUGAGAACACACACAGGUGAGAAACCAUUUACUUGCUCUGUUUGUAAGAAGAGUUUCUCCAGCAAGAAAAUCAUGACCACACACAUGAGAACACACACUGGAGAGAAACCUUUUGCUUGCUCAGCUUGUGUUAAAAGAUUCAAUACUAAGAAUGACAUGACAUUACACAUGAGAACACACACAGGUGAGAAACCUUUUACUUGCUCUGUUUGUAAGAAGAGUUUCUCCAGAAAGGAAUGCAUGACCACACACAUGAGAACACACACUGGAGAGAAACCUUUUGCUUGCUCAGUUUGUAAGAAGAGUUUCUUCAGAAAGGGUGACAUGACCACACACAUGAGAACACACACUGGAGAGAAACCUUUUACUUGCUCUGUUUGUAAGAAGAAUUUCUUCCAAAAGGGUAACAUGACCACACACAUGAGAACACACACUGGAGAGAAACCUUUUGCUUGCUCAGCUUGCACUAAAAGAUUCAACAAUAAGAAUGACAUGAUAUUACACAUGAGAACACACACAAGUGAGAAACCUUUUACUUGCUCUGUUUGUAAGAAGAGUUUCUCCAGGAAGCAACAAAUGACCUUACACAUGAGAACACACACUGGAGAGAAACCUUUUGCUUGUUCAGCUUGUGCUAAACGAUUCAACACUAAGAAGAAAAUUAUAUUGCACAUUAGAACACACACAGGUGAGAAACCUUUUACUUGCUCUGUUUGUAAGAAGAGUUUCUCCAGAAAGGAACGCAUGACCACACACAUGAGAACACACACUGGAGAAACCGUUUAGUUGCACUGUGUGUGAUAAGAUGUUCAGGUAUAAGUAUCAGGUCAGUAGACACAAGUGUGUAACAGUCAUGGAAGCUGCAGGGAUGUAAAAACACUUAA